GGGAGCUGCGCGCACUCGGGUCCCCUCCCUGCACCGCGCCGCCAGUUGCUGGUUGCUAAGCAGUGACAUUGUUUCUGUGGGAUUGCAGAGGCUGUUGCUAACGGGAGAAGCCCCACUAAGCCUGGGCAUCUUCCCUCUUCGGAUCCGCUCCCCGUUCUCGGCUUUUAAAGGGGAAACUAGACUGGCCUGCCCACCCUUCUCCCCCGCCCGCUCCGGAAUAGCCGUGAGGUUUCGGGGUAUGGACUGAACCUCAGUCCCCUCGCCAACUGCACUCCGGGGGCUCCACACUCCCAGUCGGAUCGCACCUGCCCGGGCUAGUGAGCGCCCAGACGCGCGGUCAUGACCACGGCCAAGGAGCCCAACGCUUCGGUGAAAUCGGUGCAGCAGCAGGAGCAGGAGCUGGUGGGGAGUAACCCUCCGCAGAGGAACUGGAAAGGGAUCGCCAUCGCGCUGCUCGUGAUCCUGGUCAUCUGCUCCCUGAUCGUCACCUCGGUCAUCCUGCUGACGCCAGUGGAAGACAACAGUCUCUCCCAGAAGAAGAAGGUCACGGUGGAGGAUCUCUUCAGUAAGGAGUUCAAAGUUCACGACCCCGAGGCUAAGUGGAUAAGCGAUAAAGAAUUCAUCUACAGAGAGCAGAAAGGAAAUGUGAUACUGCGGAAUGUUGAAACUAAUCUGUCUACAGUGUUAAUAGAAGGCAAAAAAAUUGAAUCGCUACGAGCCGUCAGGUACGAGAUAUCUCCCGAUAAGGAGUAUGCACUUUUCUCCUACAACGUGGAGCCCAUACACCAACACUCCUACACUGGAUACUAUGUCCUGAGCAAAAUUCCUCAUGGGGACCCUCAGAGCCUAGACCCGCCGGAGGUGAGCGACGCGAAGCUGCAGUACGCAGGCUGGGGCCCCAAAGGCCAGCAGCUGAUAUUUAUCUUUGAGAACAACAUCUACUACUGCGCUCACGUCGGGAAGCAGGCCAUCCGUGUGGUCUCGACGGGGAAGGAGGACGUCAUCUACAACGGCCUCAGCGACUGGCUGUACGAAGAGGAGAUCUUGAAGACCCACAUCGCCCACUGGUGGUCUCCGGACGGUACGAGGCUUGCCUACGCCACCAUCAAUGACUCCCGCGUGCCCGUCAUGGAGCUCCCGGCCUAUACGGGCGCCAUGUACCCCACGGGGAAGCUCUACCACUACCCCAAGGCCGGGUGUGAGAACCCCAGUAUCUCCCUGCACGUCAUCGGCUUAAACGGGCCCACCCACGACCUGGAGAUGACGCCACCGGACGACCCGCGGAUGAGGGAAUACUACAUCACCAUGGUGAAGUGGGCCACCAACACCAAGGUCGCCGUGAACUGGCUGAGCCGGGCGCAGAACGUGUCCAUCCUCACCCUGUGUGACGCCACUACGGGCGUCUGCACCAAGAAACACGAGGAUGAAAGUGAAGCCUGGCUCCACAGACAGAAUGAAGAGCCGCUGUUCUCCAGGGACGGGCGAAAGUUCUUCUUCGUCAGAGCCAUCCCGCAGGGGGGGCAGGGCAAGUUCUACCACAUCACCGUGUCCUCCUCCCAGCCCAACAGCAGCAACGACAACAUCCAGUCCAUCACGUCGGGGGACUGGGACGUGACCAAGAUCCUCUCCUACGACGAGAAGCGGAAUAAGAUCUACUUCCUCAGCACCGAGGACCUGCCCCGGAGACGCCACCUCUACAGCGCCAGCACCGUGGGCAGCUUCAACAGGCAGUGCCUGUCCUGCGACCUGGUGGGCAACUGCACCUACUUCAGCGCGUCCUUCAGCCACAGCGCCGACUUCUUCCUGCUCAAGUGCGAAGGUCCUGGGGUCCCCAUGGUGACCGUGCACAACACUACAGACCAGAAAAAACUAUUUGACCUGGAAACAAAUGAACACAUACGGAAGGCUAUAAAUGACCGGCAGAUGCCCCAAGUGGAAUACAAGCAAAUCAAGAUAGAUGAUUACAGCCUGCCCGCGCAGAUCCUCAAGCCCGCGACCUUCACCGACACCACGCACUACCCGCUGCUCCUCCUGGUGGUAGUACCCCCUCCUCCUCCCGGGCGCUCUCUGGGGACUCAGAGCACCGCGGUAAAGAUUGACCUCUUAACAGAGGACAGGAGGAAGAAAUGCUGCUGCAAAGCAAACGCUCAGGCUAGCCAGCGGCCACUGCCAGCUUCUCUUCGGGUGGCGCCACCACCUGCCGCUGCCCCUGGCCUCCCCGCCCGCUCACCUGCCCCCACCAAGGAGAGUGAUUUAGGAGCCGCCCACGCCCACGCCCACUCCCACGCCCACGACAGGGACCAGCUGCUGGCCGUGCGGACGAUGCUAAAGGAGCCGUACAUUGACAGGACGCGCGUGGCCGUGUUCGGGCAGGACUACGGUGGGUACCUAAGCACUUACAUCCUCCCAGCGAAGGGUGAAAACCAGGGUCAGAUGUUCACCUGCGGCUCUGCUCUUUCUCCAAUAACGGACUUCAAGCUCUACGCGUCGGCAUUUUCUGAGCGGUACUUGGGCCUCUACGGACUCGACAACAGAGCGUAUGAGAUGACCAAGGUGGCCCACCGGGUGUCGGCGCUGGAAGGGCAGCAGUUUCUGAUCAUCCACGCGACGGCCGAUGAAAAAAUCCACUUCCAGCACACAGCAGAGCUCAUCACACAGCUGAUCAAGGCGAAGGCCAACUACAGCCUGCAGAUCUACCCGGACGAAAGCCAUUACUUCCACAGCGAGCGCCUCCAGCGGCACCUCUACGGCGCCAUCGUCAACUUCUUCGCGGAAUGCUUCAGGGUCGAGGACAAACCGCCCACGGCCCCGGCGAAGGAGGAGGAGGAGGAGGAGGACUGAGCGCCCGGCAGCCCCCCGCAGUGUGGUUCUCCCUGGACCAGGGUUGGACGGGGACCCCGCCCCCGCUCCCGAGGCGCUGGGUGGGGCGGUGCGUCUCCCUUCCGUAGCACGUGCGUCUGGGGCCCUGAAGGCAGUGCUGCUUCCGAAACCAGCUCCUUCCCGAGGGGAGAUGCCUCCUCCCUCCCGCGCGCCCCCAGGAGCCCGGGACCCUCACGCAUGCCUCCUGCUGGCCACACCGCGGCAGGUGCGUCCCAGGCGCCCCAGGAACCAGGUCAGGACGAGGGCAGAGAAGAAGUUGGCCAUGUUGGCGCGUCUGGAGGCGGCAUAGAGCCCCACCCGCCUGGCAUGCCCACCCGCCCAGGCACACGUGCUGUCUGAGUAGCCACGCCAUGGGCACCCCAGAGCACAAUGCCCGACAGUCUCCCUCCGCCGCCUGCUCCUCUGCCAACCCUGAGCGGCGCAGUCCGCUGCAGCUGCGCUCGAGGUUAGCCUCCCGGAAUUAAUCGUAUUUUUCUAUGGUUUUUACCUGACAUGGUCUGCGGCCACGGGGUUGCUUCUCUGUGCUUGUUUGUUUGUUAUCCUUGGUUUUGCUUUGUUUCCUCCCGUGGGUUGUCAGCUCCCUGCUUGUUUGGAGGGAGAAACGGAUCGGAAGCAACUAACCGCUCUCUCCUGAGUGGGCUCAGACUUUAGGGAGAUACUUCAAAACGCCGAGGGGAAAACAGCCACCACCACGUACUAAAACAGGAAAAUACACAAAUAAAAGCUCUCCCACCAGC